AUGGGCGAUGCGGAAACCGCCUCGAGGGCGGGGAGGAGGGGGGCGGCGGCCGCCGCGGGGAUGAGGGUGUUCUCGCCGGAGUACUACGCGCUGUGCGCCGGCGGCGGGAUGCUCGCGGCGGGCGCCACCCACCUCGCCAUCACCCCGCUCGACGUGCUCAAGGUCAACAUGCAGGUGAAUCCCAUGAAGUAUAACAGUAUAUUUUCAGGACUAAAUGUUCUUGUGAAAGAAGAGGGACCUUCGUCACUUUGGAGAGGCUGGGGAGGGAAAUUUUUUGGCUAUGGUGUUCAGGGUGGCUGCAGGUUUGGCCUCUAUGAGUAUUUCAAGAAGAGGUACUCUGACGUGCUUGUAGACAGUAACAAGAGCACCAUAUACUUCCUUAGCAGCGCCUCUGCUCAAAUCAUUGCUGAUGUUGGCCUGUGUCCAUUUGAAUCGGUGAAAGUCCGUGUUCAAACUCAGCCCAUGUUUGCAAAAGGUUUGGUUGAUGGCUUUCCAAGGGUGUAUGCAACUGAAGGCCUGUCUGGUUUUUACAGGGGGCUUUUACCUCUUUGGGGACGGAACCUUCCAUUUUCUAUGCUUAUGUUUUCGUCUUUUGAGCAUACCGUGGACUUCCUGUAUCAGAAAGUUAUUCAAAAGAAAAAGGAGGACUGCUCAACAAUCCAGCAGCUUGGUGCUACUUGUCUGGCUGGUUAUAUCUCUGGUGCCGUUGGUACUGUUGUUUCAAAUCCUGCAGAUAAUAUCGUCUCAUCCCUGUACAACAAAAAAGCUGAAAAUAUCAUACAUGCUGUGAAAAGUAUUGGAUUUCGCAAUCUGUUCACAAGAAGCCUGCCCAUUCGGAUCACCCUUGUUGGACCCGUCAUAACCAUGCAAUGGUUCUUCUACGAUACUAUCAAGAUAUUGACUGGAUUGUAA